UGUUAUAUUUGUGCCUGCUAGAGUUGGAAAUAACAGUUAAGAAGCUGCGAAGGGUUGAAUGGAUUUACAGAAGGUUUUUUCUUUUUUUUUUCCAAGUAAAUUCAUGGCAACACAUUAAUUUGAUUAGUACAUGCUUUAGAAUUACUUUACACUAAAGCGAUUCAAAAGAUGUUAAAGUUAUCACCAGGCUGCUGGACAAAUAUAUGUUGCACCACCAAGGUACAGAUCAAGACAAAUCUGUGACUCAGGAUUUUAUCUUGGAAAGAGCGCAAGGUGUACGAAGAACUCAGAAUACCAAGGGAAGAUAACUCUGGGAACUACAAUGUGUCAGAAGAACAGCUCUUGCUAAUACAGCUCCCCACCAAAGACCUGGUUAUCUAAGGUUUAUAUAGGAAUGCCUAGGUCAGCUGACAAAAUACUGGUCUUCUGCUCCAUAAAUGCAGAAAAAACGAUAACAACAGUGGAAAAUUGGAAGUCUGAAUUUCAGCUUUCUUAGAAAUAACUGCAACCUGACACAUUCCAUAAUAUUUAAACAGGGUGGGGGGAAGAGAAAUCACCAAAGAUGUUACGUUUAGAGAUGACAUUGACAUGAAGAAUAGGUAAAUUUUGUUUUUCAGCCACUGGGAAAGCAGACCUCAUAGGAACUCAGAACAAGUAGGAGAGAGAUUUUUUGUUGUUGUUGUUGUUGUUCUUUUUCCUUUUCAAAGAUGAACCUAACUGCGCUCAGAGCUUUCGUGGGCUUGCUCUGGAAUUGCUGGGCUCUGGCGGGUCACGCACAGGGAGGGUUAGGAGACAAUCAUGUCCAUUCGAGUUUUAUUUACAGGAGGCUGCGGAACCAUGAGCGAAGGGAGAUUCAGAGAGAGAUUCUCUCUAUCCUGGGUCUACCUCACAGACCCAGACCCUUUUCACCAGGAAAGCAGGCUUCUUCGGCACCCCUCUUCAUGCUGGACCUGUAUAAUGCCAUGACAAAUGAAGAGGAGACUGAGGAGCUGGAGUAUUCACUAAAGGGAUCAAUGGCAGGGGAGAGCAGAGGGAUACGGAAAGGAUACCCUGCCUCUCCGAACGGAUAUUCGCGGAGAAUACAAUUGUCUCGCAUGACCCCACUGACCACACAGAAUCCUCCCUUAGCCAGCCUGCACGACACCAACUUUCUGAAUGAUGCUGACAUGGUCAUGAGCUUUGUCAACUUAGCUCUUUUUCUAACAGUUGAAAGAGACAAAGACUUUUCUCAUCAGCGAAGGCACUACAAGGAAUUUCGAUUUGACCUUACUCAAAUCCCACAUGGAGAAGCAGUGACAGCAGCUGAAUUCCGGAUUUAUAAAGAUAGAAGCAACAGCCGAUUCGGGAAUGAAACAAUUCAGAUUAGCAUAUAUCAGAUCAUCAAGGAAUAUCCAAACAGGGAUGCAGACUUGUUCCUGUUAGACACAAGAAAGGCUCAGGCUUCUGAUGUGGGCUGGUUUGUAUUUGACAUUACUGUGACCAGCAAUCACUGGGUGAUUAAUCCACAGAACAAUCUGGGCUUGCAACUCUGCGCUGAAACUGGGGAUGGUCGGAGUAUCAAUGUUAAAUCUGCUGGCCUGGUUGGAAGACAUGGGCCGCAGUCAAAGCAACCAUUCAUGGUUGCAUUCUUCAAGGCAAGUGAAGUGCUUUUCCGUUCUGUCCGGGCAGCCAACAAUAAAAGGAAAAAUCAGAACCGCAACAAAUCCAGUAGUCAUCAGGAAACUUCAAGGAUGCCAAGUGUUGGGGAUUACAAUACAAGUGAGCAAAAGCAAGCAUGUAAGAAACAUGAACUUUAUGUGAGUUUCCGAGACUUAGGAUGGCAGGAUUGGAUUAUUGCACCAGAAGGCUAUGCUGCGUUUUAUUGCGAUGGAGAGUGCUCUUUCCCACUCAAUGCCCACAUGAAUGCAACGAACCAUGCCAUUGUUCAGACUCUGGUUCAUUUGAUGUUCCCUGAUCAUGUACCAAAGCCAUGCUGUGCACCAACAAAACUGAAUGCAAUCUCCGUGCUCUACUUUGAUGACAGUUCCAAUGUUAUUUUAAAAAAAUACAGGAAUAUGGUGGUGCGUUCAUGUGGCUGCCACUAGAACAAAAAAAUAAUAAUCUAAAGCAGAGGAUUUUAUGCAGAAUUGUAAUAAAGUCAAGUUAUGAGCCUUGCUGAUGAAAAGGCAACCCUAAAUUUAUUCCAUUUCAUGUCACGUCUCAUUUAAAUGUACAGUAUAAUGUAUAUAGUAGCUUUUAUUUAUUUAAAAGUAUAUACUUUCUUUUGUAUGAGCAAAAUUUCAAAACCAUUUAUUUUAUGGGUCACCUUACUACACAGUAGAACUUGAAAAAUUGAUUUUUCAAUUGAACAUACUGGAACCUAUUUCAUUCCAUUUUCAAUAUUUUAAACUAAAAGCUUUGUAUAGAUUUUUUAAAGUGAGAAGCUCCAGAACUUCUGUAACUGCUUUAUAUGUUAAAGGAACUAAAAUAGGUUUGGUCAUAUUGUGCCAAUGAAAACUAUGGUGGGUAUUUAUUUAGAAAAAGGCACAGAAAAAAAACUAAACAAAACUGCUUGGCUAAACAUAUUUUUUCUUUUAGAAGUUCUGCUCCAUUAGAAAAAGUGAAAUGUUGAACAGUGUUUAAGUAAAUAAACAGUAGAUAGAAACUAGAAGUUAAAAGGUUGCACAUAAUUGUUAAAACUGUUUUCUUUAGCAAGAUCAGUGUAACUAGAGGAGUACGUUCUUACUUGGCUUGUGGGAUGUAGGCUCAAAGCUUCAGGAAUUCUGUGGAGACAGACUCCAGCCUCUAUCUAUAACUUUCCAAGUGAACACUAAAAAUUAAACGACAACAUUCUUACCUCAAAUCGCAUCGGUUUAUCGUCUAUGACACUACUGCGGCAAAUAUUUUUUAAUAAAUAACAGCACAAGGUAAAAUCAGGCAAACACCUAAGCCCUCCCAUUAUACAGGCAAUUGACUAUGUACCCAAGUUAUGUAGAAGGUCAGCUUUUGGGAGGGCUCAGCUCCCACUUCUGGGUGUGUUUUCUGACUGUGCAAGGAAAAGGAUGUAGCAGCUGCUGCACAGGCAUAGCCCUGUAGCCUGUCUAACCCAGGAUCUCAUUUCUGGUGGUGCCUGUCCUCAGAGGAAAAUGAAAAACACCUUUCAGAAGCAGCCAUUGGGUAAUUAUUUAUCACGUGCUUUAGGCCCCAUAUUCUUUUCUAUCAGUUAGAGAUUGGUCAAAAUCAUGAGACAUAAAAUUUAAUAUCUUUUCUUCCCUUAGCAUUAAGUUUUGUAACUUUGAAAAUUCUCAAAUCCAUAUAAAUAAUCAUUUUAAAAAUAUUCCUAAAUUCUUGACCUCAAACAAAAUCCUGUGGCUGUGAAUUGCACAGUUUAAUCCCAGAUAGUAAUAGUUCUCACCACCACAACCCAUAUGCUUGUUUUGAAUUUACCACAUUUAAUAUCUUUGGACACCCCUUUAUUUUAAUAUUAUGAAAAUGGAAAAAUAGAAACUCUGUUUUGUCUUUAUUACACAGUUAAGUAUAGUACAUGCUUUUGUCAAGAACUUGCCUUGAUUAAAAAUGCUACAUGUAUACAGUUCUCAGAGUGUUGGUAAAAAUGAACAGACCAUAUCAAUUUCUCCUAUCUUAGAGAAUCUAUCCAUUUAAACUCUGACUUCAGAGGUUAUUUAAAGUAUAUUUCAGAAAAACUCAGAUUAUUACAGACAGACAAAAGCAGUGCAAGUGUGUGUGUGCAAAUGUGUGUAUGCAAGUGUCUAGUUUUUUGCAGAAAUUAAUUUAUUUUAUCCUACUAUUGCAGUACUAUCAUAAAUCUUUUCUACGCAUACACUCAGUUUUUUGAAAAAUUAACAGUUCUGUUUUCAGUCUCUGGAGCUCUUUCCCCUU